AUGAACAAACGAACACUCGCUCUUGAAAUUCUCACCGACCAAUUUGGUGAUGUGAUUGGAAAGGUCGGAGGUGUGCUGAUGCAAUUUGGGCCACAAACAAUGGCCGAAUUAAUUCAAGCAACUUCUAUGCAAUUUCCUCACAUUCGGAAUGCUUUGCUUGUAUUGAUUCAACACAAUAUGUGUAUUUAUUAUGAUAAGAAUAUUUAUUUACAAAAAUUGGAACAAGCAGGAAAGCAAGGAGAGGCCUCAGAAGAAGAUGACAUGAAGACUCAAACAGAAAAACAACGAGAACAAGAAGAGAAAAAAGAAAGGUGGAAACACAAAGGUGGUGGAGGAAAUGAUAUCGGAGUGGCUCCAACUGCAGCAACUGAACCACAAGAACCCGAGUCCAUACGGAACGAAAAGCAAAAACUAUUUGAAAAGCAAAGCAAAAUUAUUUAUUACCAAAUUGUUAUUGAUAAUAUCAUUGUGAGAUUGAAGAGUGCCAAAUUCUUAGAUAUUGUAAAGACUAAAUAUGGAGGUGAUGGAGAAGAAUUGUUGCAUACCUUGCUGCAACAUGGAAGGCUGACUAUGAAGGAUUUAAUUCAAAAAUCGUUGGAAACAUCUUCUCAUAACAAUGACUUGAUGUUCUCAACUGAGAGUAAAAGGUCUGCAUUUCUCACAACUUUCCAAAAGAUGGUAAAAGAUAGAUAUAUCAAACGAGUACAGCCUUAUAUGUCCUCUGUUCAACUCGAAGAGCAAAAAAAGAAAUCUAAAGAGAAUACCAACUCUACUAGCGACAUUUUAAACAAAAUUGCCAAACAGAAUAAGGAGAAGGAAAAAAAGAAGAAGACAGAGAAAAAAGGAAGCAGCAAAAAAAGGAAGACUCUUGUUGAUGACGAUGAAGAGGAAUCAUCUUCAAAUCUGGAGCCUGAGAAAAAAAAGAAAAAGCAAACAACAGAAUCAAAUCUUGAAUUUGAUGUAGAAGAUAAUCUAGCUGAAUCAAACUUAGAAGAAGACAGUACUUCUUUCAUUGACGCUGAAAAUAUUCUUUGGACCACAAACUAUGCUCAAUUUAUCAGAACUUUUAGAAAUGAAUCCAUUUUGCAAUAUGUGGAAUCUAAGCUAGGAGAACAAUUUGCAGCAAUUGUUGCAGCGGCAUUUGAAGAAACUGCUCCAUAUCAACGAUCAAAGAAUGAUCCAAUGUCAACUCCCAUCAAGUUUGAAAGGUUAUAUGAAAGAAUACAAGAGAAAGAGGAAAUUGGCAGAAAAGUUCUUGAAAAUAAUCUGACCUUUUUGUACAAUCCUGAACUCGACAUUUUGAGGCAAAUGGGAAAAGACACUUAUGUCAUCAAUCUGAAAGGAAUUUCUGACAAGAUCAAACGACAAGAAACAGAGGUAAUCAUUACUCAAAAAUUUAGUGUGAUUGGUUGUCGAUUAUUUAGAUUACUGAUCGAAAAGAAGUUUUUAGAGCAACGACACAUCGCUGAAUAUGCACUUCUUCCUUCUCAUGAAGCUAGAACUCUGUUAUUUAACAUGCUCAGAGGAGGAAUGUUACAUCUUCAGGAAAUUGCAAAGAAUAAGGAGCAUGCACCUGAGCAGACCUUUUUCUUAUGGAGUGUUAAACUGGACGAUGUAUUUGAGAAGUUAGUUGAUGACAUGUAUAAAACUGUGCGAAAUUUGAGAAUGAGAUUGAAGCAUGAACAACAACAAAUUAUUGAAUCAGGCAUACUAGAAAGCGCUUAUUUGAGUGAAGAACAGGAAAAUCAAAUUAAGAGCUUGAAUAAUAUUGAAGACAGAUUGGAAGCAUCUCUCAUCAAGUUAGUUGACUUAAUUACCAUUUUUGAAGAUUUUUAA